AUGUUUUCCGUUAUAAGAUCGAGUUUGAUAAGGUCUGGAAAGCAGUUUAAACCUGUGUCAUAUAUUGCUAGUAACUUUCACACAACUGUCAUCACGCAAUAUCCGCCGGCAGAGAGCAAAAACAUGCCAAAAGUUGCAGUGGUGUUGUCAGGUUGUGGUGUUUAUGAUGGCAGUGAAGUGCAUGAAUCUUCAGCAGUUCUGGUACAUCUGAGCAGAGCCGGUGCAGAGAUAUCCAUGUUUGCACCGGAUAUAGAGCAGAUGCACGCUAUUAACCAUACUAAAGGCGAGCCAAUGGAAACAAACAGGAAUGUAUUGGUGGAGUCAGCAAGAAUAGCUAGAGGCAAAAUCAGUGCCCUGUCUAACUUGACAUCUAGUGAUUUUGAUGCUGUGAUAUUCCCAGGCGGAUUUGGAGCUGCCAAAAAUCUAUCAACAUUUGCAGUGGAUGGAGCAGAUAUGAAAGUUAACAAGGAUGUUGAAAGGGUUAUCAAAGACUUCCAUACAAACAAAAAGCCAAUUGGGUUAUGCUGUAUAGCUCCAGUUUUGGCAGCUAAUGUUCUGAAGGGAUGUGAAGUUACCGUUGGCAGUGAUAAGGAAGAAGGCGGUAGGUGGCCUUAUGCCGGAACUGCUGGGGCCAUUCAGGCCAUGGGAUCCUCCCAUGUGUGCAAGGAUGUAUCUGAGGCUUAUACAGAUUCAAAGAACAAGAUUGUUACCACACCUGCUUUUAUGUGCGAGACUAAAUUCCACGAAAUAUUUGACGGAAUAGGAAAAAUGAUUGAUGGAAUUAUCAAACUUUUAUAAGAAAAAUAUGGACAAUCUCCAUUGACUCUGACAUCGUUUGAUAUGAGAUAUUAAAUAGUUUUCAUGAUGACUAACUUACAUGUGUGUGAAGUGUAAUAUUUGGAUUAUCAAUCAUUUCAAGGCUUGUAGCAAUAAUAGCCAGGUAAUAAACUCUACAAUCUGGCUGGAUUAAUUUAGUCCUAAAGAGACUAAAGGUUCUUUCACUUGUAGAGGUGGCUUUUUAAAGUUACAUCCAAAAUUCUUUUAGUGCAUUUGGGUGCAUUCACAGUGAUUGAAUAUGCCUUCCCAGGACAAAAGCUUCAUUUUGACAUAUUUAAAUAUGACCUUGACAGCCAAUGUCAGAUUUUAAAAAUUUGUGAAAUGUUACCAUAUCUUGUUAUUUAUUGACAGAUUGAGAUUGGAAAUCUUUGUGUUCAGUGAACACAUCUUUAUCUUGUGUCUAGUCUUUUAAGUUAUUGUAUCAAAAUGUUUUGUAAACUGUAACAGAAUUUUAUUCUUGUCCCUGAUCUUGCAAUUGAUGCUUUUUUAUGUAAAAGAGUGUCAGCAUAAAUCUGUUAAAAGAGUGUCAGCAUAAAUCUGUUAAAAGAGUUUCAGCAUAAAUCUGUUAAAAGAUCUGAUGGUGGGCUGCUUUUAUCUGAAAUUUAUAUUUGUUGGUAUCAAACAUUUGUAAAAUAUUUUAUUGUAAGAUCUAACCCGAUUAUUAUUGCACUCAUUAAUAUUUAAACCAGGAGAAGUGAUCUUUUAUCAUGCAUUUUGAGCUUAUUACUUAUUUCAAUAUGAUCUUACAGAAAAUUGAAAAUAAACAUGAACUUCUUGAAUUAA